AUGGCCAAGUCUCAAAAUUGGUCUGCCAAAUUUCGUUCUGGUGAUUUUUCACUCAAGGUGAAGAACGCUCUGGCUCGUCCAGUUGAAGUUGAUGACGACCUUAUCAAAGCAAUAUCGAUUCGGAUCGUCAAGACAACACGCGAGAUCGCAGAGAACCUCCAUGUGUCAAAUACAUGCAUUGAAAAUCAUUUAAAACAGCUUGUUCAAAAACUUGAUGCUAUGGGUUCCUGCAUGAACCCCCCCGAAGAAGAAAACGCAUCAACAAACUGCGAUUUGCCUAAGAAACCUAACAAAAAUGAUCCAUUUUCAAAACGACUGAUAACUGGCGAUGAAAAAGGGUUGUUUACUACAAUACCAAGCGGGAAAGAUCAUGGAGCAAGCCAGUUUGGUGGGAUUACAAAGGAAUUGUCUACAUUUGAACUCUUACCACCCAACCGAACGAUCAAUUCUGAUGUCUACAUUGAACGACUAACGAAAUUAAACAAUGCUGUUGAAGAAAAGCGGCCCGAAUUCACAAAUCGAAAAGAUGUGGCAAAACUGCCCAGCCGAAUCUUGUAA